AGAGGGUUCCAAUAUCUUAUAGGUGGGUAUCGGUAGGCGGCAAGUUACGAGUUUGUGUUGGUGGAGGAAGGAACGAGUGUGAUGCCGGGAUAUUAAACACUGGUGGCUUGGUGUGACCGGUCGGCGGGGCGGCGCUGCUCCUGAGAAGUAUUGGUGAAUUAAAAGUCGAGCACUAUGGAGUCGUUAACAGCACAGUUCGAUGACCUCAUCCGAUGUAUGCAGGUCCUUGCUGACCCAGCAGAGGAGAAGUUCCUGGAAUUUGUGGAGAGUGAAGAACGGUAUCAUAAUCACAUCCAUAGCUUAGAAGUUGAAGUAAUGCGGUUGCAAAAACAAACGAUGCAACAGCAGAAAGAAGUAAAGGCUUUGGAGAUGAAGCUUAAAAAUGCACGACACUUAUUUGAUGUUGAGAAGGUGAAACGAAUCUCUGUCGAGACCGAAAAGAAUGACUUGGCAGUACAGAUUGGCAUGGUAAUGGACCUUCUUGGAAGAGGUCAGGUCAAUGAGACAAAGGAGAAGUUGCAGCAGUUGCAGAAUUCUUUCACUUUCAUCGGAGGGACCGACCAACGUCGCAGCGUGAAAGACCACUCGCCAGUUCCCUUGUCCACCAUCACAGAAGAUCAUGAUUCUGUAGAUACCAUUAUGGAUGUGUCACAAAUGGACAUAACGGAAGAUGAUGAUUUGGAUGAAUCGCGCCUCAGAUCUGGACGGAAUUAUAAGCGCAAGUCAUCACCAGAUCGCCAUGAAAGGUCGGGUAACAAGAGAUCCUCAGCCAGGAGGAGUGAAAAUGAAAGGUGUAGUCAUGAGGUGAAGACACAGGUGACGUAUUAUACUACUGGUGAGGAAUUAAAGAAGGUUCACACUGAAGUUCAAGUUAAACCAUCUGCUCCACCACAUUCAACAGACGAGUCAUCAGCAGAAGAGAGCCCUGCUAAGAGACCCCAAAGGGGUCCUGCACCUCUGCCACCGACAACUCCACUCAGUAACCGUGCACAUUCUGUGUACUCUCCUCAUCUACUCCCCAACAUCAUCUCACCACAGCAAGGUAUACCAUAUACAACUCCGAUACACACACCCGUGAUGCGCAACUACUCUUCCGCAAGCAAAAUGAACACAAGAGUGCAUGCUUUUUAUACGAAAACCAUUUAUAAAACUGAACACUGCCAGCCAUGUGGAAAAAGAAUUAGGUUUGGAAAAGUUGCACUGAAGUGCCGAGACUGUCGAGCUACGUGCCAUCCCGAGUGUCGUGAGUCUGUUCCCCUUCCAUGUGUUCCUACUGCAAACACUCCAACUGCUAAAGGCCAGCUUGGCAUAAUUGCAGAUUAUACACCACAUGUUCCUCCCAUGGUUCCUGCUCUGGUUGUCCAUUGUACCAUUGAGGUAGAGAACCGUGGGCUGAGUGAAGUUGGGAUUUACCGUGUACCUGGUGCUGAGAAAGAUGUUAAGGAACUGAAGGAACGAUUCCUGAGGGGAAAGGGGCUCCCAAAUCUUUCACAAGUGGACGUUCAUGUCAUCUGUGGAACUCUGAAGGAUUUCAUGAGGUCAUUGAAAGAACCCCUUGUCACACACCUUUUGUGGAAGGACUUCACUGGUGCUGCUGAGAAGUCUGAGACCCAGGAUUCUGCAGCUGCUUUGUAUCAGGCUAUUUCAGAACUGCCUCAGCCAAAUCGGGAUACAUUGUCUUGGAUCAUCACGCAUCUGCAAAGAGUUGCUGAAUGCCCUGAAUGCAAAAUGCCCAUCUCCAACCUGGCAAAAGUGUUCGGGCCAACACUAGUCGGAUAUUCUGUUCCUGAGCCAGACCCCUCCACGAUGGUCCUGGAGACACGUCAGCAACAAUUGGUCAUGGAGAAGCUGUUGGAAAUUUCUUCUGAUUACUGGAACACUUUCAUCAAUGUAACCGAUGAGAAUAUAUAUUCUGGAAUGCAGCCAACGCCUGAUAAUGGUGGUAGUCUCCUAGGUGGCUUACCUUCUGCAAACACUCGGCGACGCUCCCUCCUCUCACGCACUCCUCUGCAGGCAAGGGACACCCCAAGGGCCCGCAACCCAUUCCGGAAGUGAGAGUAGUGGUUGGAGGCCAGCCCUUUUCCCGUAUUGAAGGAUAUGCCGAGUAGUGAGGGAAAUUUAGAUGUUGUAUGCAAUCUGCCUUGUAUCAAUCCAGUAUACUGGCUAAUGGUUGAUUGGUCCAUAACAUGCAUAAUUAUUACUUCAUUACCCUUAUGGGGUUAGAGUUGACGGAGUAAAACUUGUUUCACAAAUAUCAUGUCUUUUCUCCUCUUAUAGAUUAUUGUUGUAGCAUGCUCACUUAUUCAAAUUUUGACAAAUGUAGCGUGUUCUGUCUGCGUGCAUGUGAGAGUAAGUGAACAAGCAAAUAUACAUGUAUACCUGUGAGAGCAACCAAGCAAACAUUGUGUAUGUUCAAGUCAGUCAGUCAAGUCUGCAAGGAAGUGUGCGUGCAUGCAUGCAUGUUGGAAUAGAUCAGAAAGCGAGUAUGCUUGUGUAUGAAUGUAUAAGAAAAGUCAACAAACAAGUGUGCAUGUGAGAGCAAAUCAACAAGCAGAUGUACAUGCAUACAUGGGAGCAAGUUGGCAAGCAAAUGUGGAUUCAUACAUGCGAGAGCAAGUGUGCAUGCAUGCUUGUGAGGUCAGCAAGCAAGCGUGAGAGAGAGAAUGCAUGCAUGUUGUAAAAUGUGCAUGCAUUGUUUUAUUAUGUGCAUAAUUUAGUAUUAAGCGUUUCUAACAAGUGAAGUCAGGAUUGUGAAUUAUUUAGCAAGAUGCCUUUAGCAUUUUGAUAAUACAUUGUAGAAAAGAUUCAGUAAGCAUUACACCAGAUGUUACAUUGUGCUCGUUUGAACUGUUACAGUGUGUGUAUAUACUGUAUGUAUAUCCUGAUUGUGUGCUUGUAAUCAAAAUAUUGGAACAUUUUUGUUUACCUUAAAUAUUUUGUAAAAUUGUACUUGUGUAUAUUUUUAAUUUUGUAUAUCAAAUAUAACACAAUCUGUUUA